AAUGAAUGUGUGAUGCAGUGCUGCUGUAAAGGGCAAAAUGGGAAGAGAAAAGAAGAGUCCUGGCUUGAAGAUCCUCUGGGUUUGGACUAUUGGCACUGCUGCUAUAUUGGUGGCGAGUGUUGUCCGUACAAGAAUGCAUGACAUGGAGACGAUGAUGAACCAGGAACAAGCACCACCGAAACAAAACCAGAACGUAAAUGCUGGCCACUCCUGCAAAUUUUUCCUAACCGAUAGACAUCCAGAUAAUAUUUGCCACAGAAAAUGUCGUAUUUUCGAUGGGCAUCGAGUUUUCCAGCAGAAGGACUUGAGUGAGUCUACCGUGGGUCCGUAG